AUGGCUGCUGCAAGUGUGUCGCCGUCCAGUUCUCCGCGCUUACCCAGUCCUCCCCCGUUCACAGAGGUCCAGAUCGGGCCCAUAUCACCGUCGGUCGGGGAGUCGUUUGGCAAAGAGACGGAAGAGUUUCUGGCUGCCUCGAAACAGAGUGACGAUGCGUCUACGCGGCGGAUUCGACCAGGGACAAAGGCCGCCGAUAUGGCAGUUGGUCCUCCAUUGAUUCCCCUAUCGCAGCUCGAUUCUCCAUUCCAGCUACAAGAACACCUGAAAGCGCUGUACAAUCACUACACGAGACCUGAGGGUUCGGAAACUGUCGUGCCUAUCAGUCGAGAGGUUGCAAUCCAGCUCGCCGAGCCGCCCGAGGGUGUGGACCGGUCGCUCUGGCUUUACGAGCUCUGCCGCUUCCUGACGAUGAAGGUCAACAAUCUCAUCGUUGCGUUCUUUGCCGAAGACCCCCCAUGUUCUUCCCAGACCUGCCCCGAAAUGCGCGCCUCCGAGUGGCAGUAUCUCUGCGCCGUCCAUGAUCCUCCCAAAUCCUGCUGCGCCAUCGACUACUGCUGCCACACGCUCGACUGGGCCACCAAUAUCCUUACAUCCCCGAAACAUUUCCCGAGCCGGCUCACAUUGGGUUCGGAGGCCGGUGGGUCGCAGGCCAGUUUGAGGUAUCUCACCAAUAUCUUCCGUCGGCUGUACCGCAUCUUCGCGCAUGCUUGGUUCCAGCACCGCGACGUGUUCUGGCAAGUUGAGGGAAAUGAUGGCCUUUAUAUCUUCUUCAAGACGGUCUGCGACAUGUACAAGCUUAUUCCGGAAGAUAACUACACUGUUCCUGCUGAGGCAGAAGGCCUCGAUGCGAAUCAGUCAGCACAAGAAGUGGAUGCGCGCCGGUUGACGAUACUACGCAAGGACAGCGAGGGAUCACUGGAUAUUGAGCCCCCUUCAAUCAGCACCGGCGCAACUACUCGACGCCAUAAGAAUAACCCGUCGAUUAGCUCUCGCGUCACAACGAUCAGUGAAGGUACCGAGGAGGUUGAAGAGCAGCCGCAGCCGCCGCCUGUGGCGGUAUCAGAAAAGGAGGAACCGAAGGAAGAAGUGGCAGAACCAGAGACACAGCCCAUGGAAGAGGUGACUGCUGAAGAACAGAAUGAGAAGUCCGAUCCACAGACGAUUGAAAUGGCCGAGCCCCAGGUGACUGUUGAAGAAGUCCAGGAGGAGGGAGAGGCAAAGUCGUCGGCUACGGACAAGGUAGAGGCGCAAGAGGUAGAGCAAGAGUCGGAGCCAACAGUCAAUUCUUCCGAGAAACCAGACGCUACUACGACUACAGAAUCGCCAGCGAAUGCGCCAGCGAGCACAGAAGCCAGUUCAGAGGAAAAGACCUCCUCGACGGAGGAUGCAACUACCGAAGAAGUUGAGUCGGAGCCAGGAACCAAGCAAGCGACAGAGCAGAAGCCCGAACCUGCACUCGAGCCAUCUAAAGAAGCCUGA